AUGACAGCUGUGGAGUCGCAACUGCAAUUGUUCUGGGAUCGGUUUCGAGUGUGCCGGCCAUCCCAUAUGAUUUUCGAGGCAAGUGAUGCUGGCCAAGUCGUGCUGAAGAGGACGUUGCCCUUUCUGAUUCAUGGAGACGAAGGCAGAGGGAAAAAGAAGCAGGGCGUGCUGAUUGUCAACGCGCACUCAAUCCUAGGAAAGGGUGUUGCGACAAAGAGAAAAAGGAAGCCUGGCACAGAGCAAGGUAUGAAUUAUUCUGGCUCAACAUUCUGCACAAGAUUUGUUUUGGGAGUUUUGCCCAAAUCGUGGUACGAAGAGAAUGAUGAUGCUUACUUCGGUCUGGUUGAUCGGCUUGCUGAUGAUUUCUCAACUUUGGCCACGACUGGUAUCACAGGGCCGGACAACCAACGGUUUUGGGCAGCAACUUUGUAUUGCAAAGGUGAUUGGCCUUUUCUGUUAAAGGUUGGGCACUUGUGGCGAUCAUUCCACAACGCACCCAAGAAAGAAUCCUCACGGACACCAUGUACUGGAGUGUGCCAUUUGUGUGAUGCCGGUGUCCCAGACGUGCCGUAUGAGGACCUCACAAUGAACGGGGAAUGGGUCUUCACGCAGGGCACCACAGUUCCGUGGACACAAUACCCAGACUUGCUUGCUUCGUGCCCACACGACAGAUCCUUCCCUGCAACUUUCUUCGCGCCAGACCCUUGGCACAACUGGCACCUGGGCGAAGGCCGAGCCUUGGUAGCCAAUUGCAUGAAGCUUAUUUGCCCACUUGCUGAUGGCAGCAACAUGGACCAGAAGGUGGAUUCCUUGUUCGAAGACUAUAAAGCAUAUUGCAAGCAGAACCGCAGACAGGUAUAUGCUUCGAGAUUUUCUGCAAACAUGUUCAACUUGAUCGGAAAUGAAUUCCCGUCAGGAAGCUGGACGAAGGGAAACUUCACCACUUCCCUGGUGAAGUGGUUGGAUCAUUGGCUGAAUUCCAGGCGGAAUACGUUUGAGGACGGCUCGCUGUUAAUGAAGGCAGCUACGGCAACUAGCCUUGCCAACCAAGUCUUCACAAGGCUGUACCUCCAACCUUUGUGGAUACCUGGCCACAUUGCCCGCUCCAUCGCCUCACAAUGGGAAAACUUUUUGGUGCUACAUCAGCGGAUGGCGGCCCAGGCCAUUGCAGAAAAUAGGAUUCGGCGCAAAAAGAAAGAGUUGACGCGUAUCACCAACCAGAUCAGCGGCAUCAACAAAAGUCCCAGCUCGAAGCUGAAUGGGGAUCGACGAAGCCUAGAUGGCAUGACACCACUGCAGGAAUAUUGCAAUGCCAUCAGUAUGAUCAUCCCAGGUCUUGUUUGCAUGUACCUGUACAAACAUCAGCCCUACGAAAACUGGUGGAGCUGGCGAAUGAGUUGGAUGACUUUCUCCGUGCUGAUUCAUCUUCCUUUCAGCUGCAGCUACCAUGUGCUCCUGGCAAAGCGCUUGCUGGAGGAUGCAGUUGACAACACGGUUCCUUGCAGUUUGAUCUCACCCAAAAACAACCAGGCGCGGCGGUUGGAUCAAAGCUUCAUUCACUUCACUUGCCUGGUCACAGGCGUGGCCUUGUCCCAGGACGAAAUCUUCUCGACGAUCUGUGUGAUCCUCAAUCUGUAUUUCAUCAGCCGCCUCUGGGCUGCCAAAGACGCUGGCCUCCUGGAGCGCAUGGGGAACAUCGGCGUGGGCGUGGUGAUGUACGGCUUGCCGCCUCUGCUCCGAGGCGACUUCGUCAACGUGUUGCUUGGAGCUAGCUACUUUGCCCUGGGUGCUGUGAUGAUGUACUUGCGCGUUGGUGGCUGGGGUCAUUGUCUGCUCCACAUCUUUUCUGGUGGACUUUGCUAUCAUGCCAUGCAAGCAAGUAGCCUCCUCGCCUAG